UUCACCUUGGUUUUUCUUUGUCAGCCAUUUUGUGCUUAGAAAUACUCGAAUAUUUUAAGUCUUUUCCACCCAUAAAACAAACUCUGGCUCUUUACGCUGCCCCUGAGGUACCAUUUCUUUCAGGUUCUAAGGAUAUGAUGCAUCAGUUAGGACAACCGAGAGGAUUUCCACAUCCAAUACCAACAGCAUCUCAGACAACAGGACUGUCAGAAUUAGAACGUGAAAAAAUCUAUAGUUGGAUAUUAGAAUUGUCGAGUCCUGAAACGAGAGAACAUGCUUUAUUAGAAUUAAGUAAAAAGAGAGAGGUAGUACCAGACCUGGCUCCUAUGUUAUGGCACUCAUUUGGAACAAUUGCCGCUCUUUUACAAGAAAUAGUUUCAAUUUAUCCUGUUAUCAAUCCCCCAAAUCUCACUGCACAUCAAUCAAAUCGUGUUUGUAAUGCAUUAGCUUUACUUCAGUGCGUGGCAUCCCAUCCUGACACAAGAUCUGUAUUCCUUCAAGCACACAUUCCCUUGUUCCUUUAUCCAUUCCUUCACACUACAAGCAAGACCAGACCAUUUGAAUAUCUUCGUCUUACAAGCCUGGGUGUUGUUGGUGCAUUAGUCAAGACUGAUGAAACGGAGGUCAUUAACUUUUUGUUGACAACUGAAAUUAUUCCAUUGUGUCUCCGAAUCAUGGAAACAGGAAGCGAACUAUCUAAAACUGUUGCCACCUUCAUUCUUCAAAAGAUUCUCCUGGAUGAGACUGGUUUGUCAUACAUCUGCCAGACAUAUGAAAGAUUUUCCCAUGUUGCAAUGAUCUUGGGUAAAAUGGUGCUUGCAUUAGCUAAGGAUCAAUCAGCUAGACUCUUGAAGCAUGUAGUACGUUGCUACUUGAGGUUAUCUGAUAAUCCAAGGGCACGUGAAGCUCUUCGUCAGUGCCUUCCAGACCAACUAAAAGAUGGAACAUUUUCAAACUGUUUAAAAGAUGACGCUUCAACCAAGAGAUGGUUGAGCCAGUUGAUGAAAAAUCUCCAAGAACAAACCAUGGCAGAAGCAAGAGGAAUGUCUGGUCUCACCUCAUGACAAUACAACACUGUAUAGCCUUGUAAAGAUUAUCAGCAUCACUCCAAAAAUGUUAAUAUUCUUGUAGAAAAUAAAUGAUUGUUACGGGACAGCUUUGGUUUUUAUAGAUGUAUGAAUUUUUUUUUUGAUAAAACGUCCACAUUUCUAA